AUGGCGCUGAGCGCCCUCCUUCUACUCGCCGGUCUGGUGGUGGCGUAUGCCGCGCAUAUUGUGUGGCAAUGGCGGCGCCUGGCGCAUAUCCCAGGCCCCUUUUCGGCCGGCUUCUGCAAGUGGUGGACGUUCCGGGAAGCCGUAGCGCUCCGGUUGCCGGAGUCAUAUAAGCGACUGGGGGAUCAAUACGGAUCGCUUGUCCGCGUUGGCCCGAACGAACUCAUCACCGACAACCCCGACGUUUUACGCCGGACGAUGGCCACAAAGUCUCGAUAUGUGCGCGGGCCAUGGUACGAGGCCUUCCGCAUGGACCCGGCCAUGGACAAUGUCUUGACGAUGCGAGACGAGGAAGCACACACCGCGCUGCGUAACAAAAUCCUGCCGGGAUUCUCUGGCAAGGAAAACAUCUCCCUAGAAAGCACCAUCGAGACGCAAAUCGCGGCCAUGGUCGACCUGAUCGAGCGCAAGUACCUCUCGACGGGCGGCGAAUAUCGACCGAUGGACCUCGGCGUCAAGGCCCAGUAUUUUACCUUGGACGUCAUCAGCGACCUCGCGUGGGGCCAGCCGAUGGGGUUCCUUGCACAGGAUCGCGAUGUGUUCAACUACCUCAAGGUCACCACCAUGUCUAUUCCGGCCAUGAUGGUGCUGUCGACGUAUCCGGGGCUAGUCUCCCUACUGCACACGCCUCUAUUACGACCACUGUUACCGAGAGAGACGGACACUAGCGGUUUUGGCGCCUUGAUCGGAAUCGCCAAGAAAGUCGCCGCCUCCCGUUUCGAGCCCGACGCCCCCGAUCACCGCGACAUGCUCGGCGCCUUCAUCCGCAACGGCCUAACCCAAGCCCAAGUAUCCGCCGAGAGCCUCGGCCAAAUCGUCGCUGGCAGCGACACCUCAGCCUCGACCAUCCGCGCCGUCAUGCUACACGUUCUGAGCAACCCGCCGGUGUACCAAAAACUCCGCGCCGAGAUCGAUGCUGCCGUGCCCCGGUUGGGCAUGGAGAGGCGGAUGAUCAAGGACGCCGAGGCCCGCCUGCUCCCGUACCUGCAGGCUGUGAUUCGUGAAGGGCUGCGGAUUAUGCCGCCUGCGUCGGCCGCGAUGUUUAAGGAGGUGCCGCCGGAGGGUGACACAAUUGAUGGGAAGUUCAUACCUGGUGGCACGCAGAUUGGGUCGAAUGUGAUGGCUAUUCACCGGUCGAGGGAGAUUUAUGGGCCUGAUGCGGACGCGUUUCGGCCGGAACGUUGGUUGGAGGCUGAGGGGGACCGGCUGGCGCGCAUGGUUAGCACGGUGGAGAUGAAUUUUCAUUAUGGAAAGUAUCAGUGUCCGGGGCGUGGGAUCGCGUUGAUGGAGUUUAACAAGCUAUUUGUUGAGGGUCUCUGGUUGAUUGACGAGUUCUGGGUGCGGAUAUCUCGGAGGGAAUAA